GUCUAGAACUUAAUAAUAAAAGCUUCAAGUCCGCUUUUCAGGCGCGCAAAUCUUACCGACUACCGUCGUCAGUAUUCUCUUUCAGUCUUUCUCACUAUAUGAUUCAAAGUUCCGCCUGGAGCAUUCAAUUAUUCGAUAUAUCCAUCAUGCGCACUAAUUGAUACAUACUCCGGAUAUAAAGGGAGAGAGUGUUAAAACUGGCUUCUGGAUUCAGGAAACUAAACCCAACCCAAGAUUUUAGAUUUGCUAUUCAAAGCUCAAUGUUUCAAUUCAAAAUUGAGUUAACCGUUUCGCGCUCUGCUUAGUUCGCUCCCAAUCGGCUGAGCUCGCCCACCCUUUCGAUAUCACCAUGGAAGAGGAGAAUUGGGUUGAGCUUGUACAGAGAUACAGAAGAGACAGACGCGUGCUUCUGAAUUUCAUACUCUCGGGUAGCUUAGUCAAGAAGGUGGUUAUGCCUCCAGGGGCAGUUUCUUUGGAUGAUGUGGAUCUUGAUCAGGUCAGCGUGGACUAUGUUCUUAAUUGCAUCAAGAAAGGAGGAAUGCUUGAACUUGCGGAAGCUAUUCGAGAUUAUCAUGAUAGUACAUUGUUCCCAAACAUGAACAAUGCAGGUGCCUCCAGUGAAUUCUUUUUGGCUACAAAUCCUGAGUUAUCAGGUUCACCUCCGAGGAGGACGCCUCCAGCUGCCCCCACUGUGACACCCCUACGGAUUCUACCAAAUCUUUCAGCAGAAGAGCCCCUUGAUUCUGAGCCAGUUGAAGAACAAUCUGCCCUCUCAAAAACCAAGUCUCUUAAUUCCAUUAAUGCUCGAGAGUUAACUGUAGAUGACAUUGAGGAUUUUGAUGACGAUGAUGAUCUAGCAGAUAUUGAUAGCCGCAGAUAUUCUAGAAGAGUUCUAAAUGAUGCCACUGAUCUUAUGCCUGGUCUGGCUUCAUUUGCAACAGGUAUUACUGAUCAUGACCUACGAGAAACUGCAUAUGAAGUCCUCCUGGCCGCUGCUGGGGCUUCAGGAGGUCUAAUUGUACCAUCAAGGGAGAAGAAAAAAGACAGAAAGUCUAAGCUGAUGCAGAAGCUUGGGCGGAGCAAAAGCAAUAUUGGUGCGGCUAGGCCUCAGCAUUCUCAUGGAUUAGUUUCUCUUUUAGAGACCAUGCGUACUCAAAUGGAGAUUUCAGAGGCAAUGGAUAUUCGAACACGAGAAGGGCUCCUUAAUGCAAUGGUGGGCAAAGUGGGAAAAAGAAUGGAUACACUGCUGAUUCCACUGGAGUUGCUAUGCUGCAUUUCACGCACAGAAUUUUCUGACAAGAAGGCAUAUAUAAAGUGGCAGAAGAGACAGUUAAACAUGUUGGAGGAGGGACUUGUCAAUCACCCUGCAGUCGGGUUUGGGGAAUCUGGCCGCAGAGCCAAUGAGUUAAGAGUUCUUCUUGCCAAAAUUGAGGAAUCCGAGUCUCUUCCAACUCCUGCUGGUGAUCUUCAGCGGUCUGAAUGUUUAAGAUCACUAAGAGAAGUUGCUAUAUCACUGGCAGAGCGGCCAGCUCGAGGUGACUUAACUGGUGAAGUAUGCCAUUGGGCUGAUGGCUAUCACCUGAAUGUCAAACUAUAUGAGAAACUACUUCUUAGUGUCUUCGAUGUCUUAGAUGAGGGAAAGCUCACUGAGGAAGUUGAAGAGAUUUUGGAACUUUUUAAGUCUACCUGGCGUGUUUUGGGCAUCACAGAGACAAUUCAUUACACUUGUUAUGCAUGGGUGCUUUGCCGUCAGUAUGUCGUUACUGGCGAACAAGGAAUUCUGCUGCAUGCCAUUGAGCAGUUAAAGAAAAUUCCACUGAAGGAACAGCGAGGACCACAGGAGCGAUUGCACUUGAAGAGCUUGCAAUGCAGAAUUGAAUGUGACAAGGGAUAUCAAGAACUAUCUUUCUUACAGUCUUUCUUACUGCCUAUUAAAAAAUGGGCUGAUAAGCAGUUGGAAGACUACCAUCUUCACUAUGCUGAGAGUUCAGCAAUGAUGGAAACCACUUUGGUAGUGUCAAUGCUUGCUCGAAGACUUCUUUUAGAAGAACCUGAAUUGGCAAUGCAGGAUAUACACAAGACUGAUUCGGAGCAGAUAGAGUUUUACAUUUCCUCUUCAACAAAAUAUGCUUUUGCGAGGAUGCUGCAAGAUGUGGAGACAAUGUCAGAUGCAGCACAUGAGCAUCCCUUGGCAUUGCUUGCAGAACAGACAAAGAAACUUUUGCAGAAAGAUAAAACCAUUUACAUGCCUAUCCUAAAACAGAGGCACCACAAUGCAGCUGCUGUUUCAGCAUCUCUACUUCACAGACUAUAUGGCAUUAAGCUGAAGCCAUUCGUUGAUAGUGCCGAGCAACUUAGUGAAGACAUUGUAGCUGUAUUUCCUGCUGCCAACAGUCUUGAGCAGUACAUCAUGGAAAUAAUCAUUCAGACCUGUGAAGAGAGGGCUGCAGACCUAUACUGCAGAAAACUGAAUUUGUACAAGAUUGAAACUGCUUCAAGUACUCUGGUUCUUAGAUGGGUAAAUUCACAACUUGGAAGGAUCUUAGGUUGGGUUGAGCGGGCUGCUCACCAAGAGAACUGGAUGCCAGUAUCACCACAACAAAGAUAUGGAAGCUCGAUAAUUGAAGUCUACAGGAUAGUUGAAGAGACAGUUGAUCAGUUGUUUGCGCUUAGAUUGCCAAUGAGAUUAGAGGAACUGAAUAGCCUCUUCAGAGGAAUUGACAAUGCAUUUCAAUUGUAUGCAAAAAAUGUUGUUGAAAAGCUUGCCAAUAAGGAAGAUAUUAUUCCACCGGUUCCUAUUCUUACAAGAUACUCUAGGGAACAUGGAAUUAAGGCUUUUGUAAAGAAGGAAUUAAGGGAUACAAAGUUGCCUGACAGCAGAAAGUCCAGUGACAUCAAUGUUCCGUCCACCUCAAAACUCUGCAUCCAAUUGAAUACACUUCAUUAUGCAAUUAGCCAACUGACUACAUUAGAAGAUAGUAUUUGGGAGCGCUGGUCAAGGAGAAAACAACAUGAUAAGAUUACAACAAAAUCUACAGAUGUUGGUACAAAGAGUUCACUGCAGAAGAGUACAUUUGAUGGCAGUAGAAAAGAUAUCAACGCAGCUAUUGACCAAAUCUGUGAGUUUACAGGAACUAAAAUUAUUUUCUGGGAUUUAAGAGAAGCAUUCAUUGACAAUCUAUACAAGCCCACAGUUACUCAGUCUAGGUUUGAAGUGCUGAUGGACCCACUUGACACAGUUUUGAAUGAACUAUGUGACGUUAUAAUGGAGGCACUAAGAGAUCGGGUUGUAACCGGCCUCCUUCAAGCUUCAUUGGAUGGCUUACUGAGGGUCAUAUUAGAUGGAGGUCCAUCACGCAUAUUGCAUCCCGCUGAUGCUAAACUAUUGGAAGAGGAUUUAGAGGUCUUGAAGGAAUUUUUCAUCUCGGGAGGUGAUGGCCUUCCUCGAGGAGUUGUUGAGAACCACGUGGCACAUGUUCGGCAAGUGAUAAAGUUACACACUUAUGAGACUAGGGAACUGAUUGAGGACUUGAAAUUUGCUAGUGAGGUAGAAAUGCAGGGUGGCAGGAGCAAACUUGGUGCAGAUACAAAGACCUUACUUAGGAUUUUGUGCCACAGAGGUGAUUCUGAGGCCUCUCAAUUUGUGAAGAAACAGUUCAAAAUACCUAAAUCUACAUCUUAGUCCCGUACUACAUUUGCUUGCUGUAUAGAAAAUGUUAUUGUCGCCGUUUUUCAGUGAAAGUUAACAACAGAGUUUCAAGCACAUAAAAUGUCAUAGACGCUUAGGGCCUGUUUACUAACAGAGAUAUUUUCCAAUUUUCCAGAAAACUGGAAAACUGGAAAACAGAAAACAGGAAACGUGUUUACCAAAGAAAUUCCUGGAAAACUGAAGAAAGGAAAAAAGAAAAACGCGUUUACCAAAUCGUUUUCCAAAACGAAAAAAAUGAGACAUGUCUCUCUUUUCCUUAAUGAUUUGGAGAAGUGACUUUUACUAGUUUUCCAAAUUUGGAAAACGUAGAUGCUACAGUGCCGCUGCAAUGAAUUUGCAAACUUACACCUAAUGGUGGGACCGGUCCCGCUCCGAUGUCGAUUCCAUUCCGGUACCUCCAUCCUCGUACCUUACCCCUUACCCCUACCCUACCCUACCCUACCUUAACCACCCAACCCCACCCCGCAUACCCAUUUUUCCCUAUAAUGACCCUACCCCACCCCCUACCACAUGCCCCUACCUCGGCCCCACCCCGACCCACCCUACCCUACCCCCACCCCCGUAUAUUACCCCUUACCCCUUACCACAUGCCCCUACCUCGGCCCCACCCCACCGCCAUCCUACCCCCACCCUUCCGCCAUCCUACCCCCCACCACACCCUUCCCCUACUUCGGCCCCACCCAGAUCCCAGGCCCACCCUACCGCCAUCUUAUCCCACUACCCCUACCUUACCCCAACCCUACCCACUACCCCCACCCUUACCGCCAUCCUACCCCCCACCCUACCCCUUCCCUACCUCAGCCCCACCCUGGUCCUGGCCCCACCCUACCGCCAUCCUAUCCCAACUCCAUACCCUACCUCUACCUUACCCCAAACCCUACCCACUACCCCACCCUUACCCCUAACCACGACCCUAACCCACCCACUACCCCCACCCAACCCCCUACCCCUAGACCUUACCACCCCACCCUGACCAUACCCCUUACCCCAUCCCCACCCAUAACUUCCCUACCCCGACCCCUACGAGUAGGUAUGGGUGGGUAUGAAGGGUUGUGGGGGAGUAUGGGUAGAGUGUAAGAUCGUGGUAAGGGUAGAGGUCAAGGGUGAGGAAUUGGAGAACUGAGUGAAAAAAUUGAUGAACAUGUUUUCAGAUUUGAAAAUGGAAAACUAAAAAAUAGAAACAGAAAAUUGGAGAUAGAAAAACUGAAAAAUAAAAACAGAAAAUUGGAGAACGGAAAACAGAAGUAGAAAACAGGAAAAUAUCUCUGUUAGUAAACAGGCCCUUAGUUUUGCUAGGUAACCCAUAAUCAUUUGUUGAGCUAAUUUUUGGUUAUCCUCUUGUACAAAGACAGAAGGAAAUUGAGAAUGAUGAUGCGCAUGUGUGUAUUGUAAAUUGAUUUAGUGACAUUUUAAUAGAAGUUUAUGGGUUUUAUAAGCCUAGAUCACUUGAUGUAUCCAAUACAUACUUUUUAAUUUUUAUAAUCAAUAAAAGAUUAG